CAUACACACACGCAUACACACACACACACAGCCUCACUAUAAUAGUGCCUGUAUUUUUAUCAGAAAUGGUCAGGUUGAUUUUUUUUUUUUACUUUAUCUGGCUAUAGCCUAGUUCACCUAUUCUUAAUUAUGUGUAAACAUUUGGCUGCAUAGAAGGCGGACCAGGACAUCAGGGACAGAUUAUAUUAAGGGAACGAUCCCUUUCAUUUCUACAGAAUAUAUGAAGAUAUACCUAGCUAGCUACAUGUCGGGAUUUAGCUACAGAGCAAGAAUGUCGCCGCAAAAACGCAAGGAUAUUCGUUAUUCCAAAACCAUGACGAUAAGACGGAAAGACCAUUCCUAACGCUGAGCCCCAGAUGCCUCCUCUCCCUCUUGACGAGCGCAUAGUGACCAUUCAGCGCCCCAAGAGUUUGGCCCUGCGCUUGAACUCCCCUCAGACCACCCCGCAACACCCCCAGAGCUUGGGCGCCCGGAGCUGCCCGCCGCAACCCCAGCCCCCUCAGCCCCCCCCCUGCCCUCCCUCCUCCCUCUCUUCGGCUUCGGAACAGAAGUGCAGGUCCCCCCGGCCACAGAGGUCCAGGGCAGAGAGCGGAGUUGUGACCCGUGGCGGCAGUAACAGUUCCGGUCACAGGCAUGGCGACGGGACAGUGACACUCGGGCCUGGGCAGCACAAGCGCACGCACACUAUAGACAUUAAAGUCUCCUUGGGCAAGGGAGGAGGUGAAGGGAGUGGCGCGGACAAAGGGCAGAAGAUCAGCGUCAGCCGUACCGGGAGCGUUAAGGGGAACAGGGAGAAGAGGGUGUCCCUGCGUCUGGAGCUUGGACAGGGGGACAGGAAACGAGAGGGGACAUCGGGGAACCCAAGAGGGACAGGGCAGCAGGUCCAGAAUCAAUCACAGAAGCAGAACCGGGCCCAGCACAGCAACCACCAUACAAAGCAGCUGUCCGUGUCCCCGGACGGGGUUCUGGGGUUUGUUCCAGCCAGGAGACAACACCCCGAGGCUGAGAACCUGGGGGACGGAGACUUGCCUCGCCAGUCCUACCUUUCCGGUGCCACUUUCCCCUCACGAGCCCUCCAGGAAGUGCCCGGCGUAGGUAGCAAAGUAAACUCCAAACUGGGACCCAUACAUCAACCCCCAAAUCCCCACAGUCUACCCCGUCACCACGGCUCCACCCCCGCGGCCCCCCACGCCUCCACCCUCGACGCCCGCUACCCCGCCGGUCGGCACAAUCUCCCCUCUCACACCGUACCCCCGCCCUCGUUCCACCAGCUCACCCAGCCGCGCCCGUCCCGCGCCAGAGACCACGCCCCCCUGAGCUUCCACGACCUGCCCGUCUCGUGCGGCUCCUCCAGGGCGGGCAGCUUCCCCAGCCCGGACCACACCUGCACCAUCGACUUCUCCCGCCCCUUCGGCUGCGGCUGCCUGAGGCUGGUGCGCUGUGGGGGGGGUGGUGGGGGUCGCUCCGCGGGGUGCCAGAGGGCUGGAGGGAGCCCCUCUUCCUCCCUCUCCCGCCCCCGAGGAGGAGGAGGCGCGGGCCGCGGCAGCGGCGGCGGCAGAGGCUUCGCAUCGGGAGUCAUGGGGCUGAAGACGCUGGGUGGGUGCCUGUCCACCUCCUCCACCCCCAACACCUCCUCCUCCAACAGCGUCAUCUCCGACUGCCGGGCGGGCCUCCUCAGGCCGCUGAAGUGCGCCUCCUGCUCGGGCGAGGGGGGGGGGGUUCGAGAGCCCGGCUGUGUUUCGCAAGAAGCUCGUCGGGGGGUGCCUGCCCUGCACCCCUCUUUCCUCCUCCGCUCCUCUCCGAGCUCUCCAGAGCUGCGUCACUGGCUGCAACCCGAAAACCAGCCAGACCGGCAGCUCCACCUGCAGCUACUGCAGCAGCGACCCCAUAGUGGUGACCUUUAA